ACCUCCUACGCAGCCUCCUUUCUGCAUCCCAUCUCCAGGCAGCGACCUCCCAGCACUGAGAGAGACCCAGAUAGCAGCAUCAUUCUGUCAAGAGGAUACAGCCAAAGACGAAAACGAAAAGAGAAACAUGGCGCUCAUUCCUUCCCAGGUUUUAAGGGUAGCGAUUCUCCUGUCGUAUUUCUCCAUCCUCUGCAAUUAUAAAGCAAUUGACAUGCCCGCUCAUCAAACUUACGGCGGUAGCUGGAAGUUUUUAACAUUCAUAGAUCUGGUCAUCCAGGCGGUCUUCUUCGGCGUGUGCGUGCUGACGGACCUGUCCAGCCUGCUGACCAAGGGCAGCGAGAGCCAGGAGCAGGAGAGGCAGCUGAGGAAGCUCAUCGGCCUGCGGGACUGGAUGAUGGCCGUCCUGGCCUUCCCCGUGGGAGUGUUCGUGGUGACCAUGUUUUGGGCCCUCUACCUCUACGACAGAGACCUGGUUUACCCAAGACUACUGGACAACUUCAUACCACAGUGGCUAAACCAUGGAAUGCAUACGACAGUGCUCCCCUUCAUCUUGAUUGAGAUGAGAACGACACACCACCAGUAUCCCAGCAGGCUCUGUGGACUGCUAGCAGUGUGCACCUUUGCGGUGGGAUAUGUUCUAUGGAUGUGCUGGGUGCAUCACGUGACCGGGGUGUGGGUGUACCCGCUGCUGGAGCACAUCGGCCCCGCCGCCAGGGUCGUCUUCUUCUCCUCCCUGACCGCCCUGAUCAACGUCUACUACGUCCUGGGGGAAAUACUCAACAGCUACAUCUGGGACUCCUCCAAAUGUGUUCAGGACUCGGACAAACCCAAAGCAGAUUGAAACCCAGAACAGAGGAGGAAGUGUCCGCUUGUCCACAGAGCUCUCAGUACAAACUCGCCGCUCGUGAAGCCACAAAGAGAAGCUUGAUCCAGGACUUGAGAAAACAAAUCUCCCAUAAAUAACUGGGAGAAUAAUGAUUUUUAUUUAAUUAUUAUUUUUUUAAAGAACCUAAGCACUGCUUUACCUGCAGAACUCCAGGUUGGAUUUCUAGGCUGUAACCCAGAACUUCUGAAAGCCUGAAACAUCACUGAGAAAUGAAUGCAAACUCUCAAUCGACGACGCAGGAAUACACUUAUCGCUAAGGCAAAAGUCUAGAAAUUCAAGGAUUAUUCUUACACUCUGAAGUCCCAGCUAUGGUUUUACAGCCUAAUUUCUCAUAUCUUUUAUGUUAAAUAAAUAAUUUUUUUUUCUAGGGGAAAGAUGUUUAUCUUAAGUUGCUUACAAGUAGAAGUAGCCAAGGCUUUCUGUCAGUUUAUUCUUUUUUUCUGCCUGCUCUGGAAAGCUUUUCCUCAAAGCUGUUUUCCCUCACAGGAAGAUCAAUAGCAGCCCUUUUCAUGGUUAGAUAGUGCUCUUAGCAGCUGUACUCCGGAAUGCAGUUUAUUCUAGAACAUUCUAUAACAGCCAGACUGUGGGAGUAGUUGUCCACUCGAUGCGGCUUUAUCGUGUUAUGUUUCUGCAUAAAUUACAGUGUUUGAUUUCCAUAGUUUGAUUGCUGAGGUUCUAAUGUAUGGUCUUCCAAUAAAAAAGGUGUUGAGUUAUGUACAUUCAGGUAAGAGAUGAGUAAUCAGACAAUCAGACAGGCUGAGAGUGAAUGGACUUUCAUUAGAGGCUUUUCCUUAAGGGUAGCCAGAGAUGGUGUCUGAGAAAUGAACCAUUAUUAACCAUUAGUUUUAAGACAGUUUCGAAUUUGGAGUCUGAUGAUAAAGAGGUCUUCUUGAAGAAAUCAGUGAGCAUUCGGGGAAUGUCUCCAUGGGUACAGUGUUCGGUUGGAUGCGACAAGCACACACCAGGUAAAUGUCCUCAUGAAGCUCUAUAUAAAUAAUGGUCGAGGCAAACAAAA